UGUCAAUCCUUGUACUUUUGCUUGAAGUGCGUUGUAGCGAGACAAUUGUCCAUUAAAAAUAUCUGUUCUAGUGCUUAUCAAUGCUAUUUACGUAAACGAUCUAAUGUACAAUUUUUCAAAGGUUCAAUUCAGAUUAAAAAUUCGAAAAAUCAAAAUCUAUUUCACAAGAUCAACUAACGAUUUUCCAUAGGAAAAAAUGCUACUUGGAAACUAAAGAUCAAAUGUAAUUGAUUUUCGUAUAAUUCUAUUAUAUUCUAGUAAGACCCCCUAAAAACAAUUAGUUGCCUUUGAAUUUUCUUUUCGUCAUUUUAAAAAUACUUAAGCGUUCAGUCAGCAGAAAAACUGAGAAUUGAUUGAAAAUCUACAUUUAAUUCAAAGCAUUAUGUCGUAAGUACAGCAAUAUUACAUAAAAGUGUGUAGUCUUGUACAUUAGUUGAAUUUGUUUUAAUUUAAUUGAAGUGAAGAGGAUCUUGCUAAGAAAUCCAUGGACGAACCUACAAAUUGGUACGAACAAGGAUACGAAGAACGAAAGACAAUAAUUGCGGAAACUGGUGAACGACGAAAUAUCGCCCUCAAAGAAUAUUUACUGUUGUCGAAGAAAUACGAUCAAUUGAAACGAAAUUUUUACAAUUUGACGGAUACCGCAGUUGAAGAAAAUGCCAUAUCUGAAGAAGGUAUUUUAAUUUCCUAAUUGUGUGCAGAAACUUUUUCGAAUUUCCGUUCUUUAGAAUGUGCCAUCAUAUUCCUUUCGCUUUUCAAAUAUGACAAACAUGUUGAGAGUGACAAUUUCGUGUCUUUUUUUCAUAAGUUUUUCCUUAAGAUUAACGACGAUCUGUAAUUGUGUCUUAAUCAUCAUUUCGUUACGGCAAUGCACCUAACUAUUAUAGCUCUUCUGCAAAAAAAUUUCAAAUUUUCUCCACUCCUCUGAACAUCGUUGAACAAAAAUUUCUUCUCAAUCAGAUGGACGAUUUUACAAAUCAGAAGUGAAGCACGUCGAUAAAGACGUGCAGGCGAAAAGCAAUGAAAUUCGGAAUUCGAUUCACGGAGACCGAACUAAUGGACAUGGACAUAAAAGACAACCAUUUUAUAAAAAGCGAUGAAUACAAACAUUUAAAAACGAAUUAAUAAAUAUUGGCUAAUUGCAAAGACACAAAUUUGGCUUUUUUGUUAAACAGUAUAAAUAUCAUCAAAAUUGUCGACUUUUACCCAAGUGUCCACAGUAAUGUCAAGUAGCCUCAAUGUGGACAGUAUACAAAUUGGAAUUCUUUGGAAAACUACUGUGAAAAUUGUUGCGCUUAUUGUCCUUUUAAUAAUGUUUAUUGACCAGGACUUUAUUCAUAAUAACGAUAAACCCACUCUCAUAAAUAUUGAAAAAUUGAUCAACAUUGCAAUUGCCAUGCAGCACAAACUCAAAUCAAACCUUACCAUAAUUCUUUCGUUACUUAUUCCUCAUUUUUCAGAAUAUGUUGAAUGCUGCAAUCGGAAACAAAUUUGUCCCAAGUAAAAAUAAGGUCUCACAAAUGUCUAAUCUGUCGAAAUCAGAUAUCUCAAGUCUCAUUGAGUCUAGAAGAACAAUAGAUUAUGAGACUUAAGAUAUCUGAUUUCGACAGAUUUAGCUUUUGAGAUAUCUCACUUCAAAAUUUUUUUCACUCGAGACUGGUACUUAAAAAACUCACUAUACAAGUAGUGUUGUAUACAUCUGAACCGAAGGCGAAGUAUAAAACUAACCUUUUGUUUCAUUAUUGAUUUACUUCCGUAGCAUACAAUGUAAUCUACUAGUACAGUGAGACGUAAUCCCUACGAAAUCCACAAGUCACAUAAGGAAAAUGCUUGCUCACAAUAAUUUCAAAAAGAAAAAAUGAUAAAUGUUUGACUGACCCGAGAGUUUUCUAUUCUUUCAGUGACAUCCCUGAUGUUUGACUGACCCGAGAGUUUUCUAUUCUUUCAGUGACAUCCCUAGUGAAAAACGAAAGUUUCAAAGGUUCGAAAUAAGUAGUCUCAUAUCUAUUGUGACGUGAGACUACGUUUUUCACCUAUCACAUAAAAAACUUUACUCGUCUAAAUUUUCUUAGUGAGCAUAGAAUUGAAAUUCAUUCAUUCUUCUCUUAGCAAGCCUUUCAAGAAAGUCAUUCAAUUUUCUUCCUUUCAAAGAAAAAUAUUUAAUUUUUGCUUCUCGUAAAAAAUCUAAAGAUGCCGCCGAAACGCAAGCCAGAUAAUAACAAUCAAAACGAAAAUAAGAAAGUAAAAUUUGAUCCGUGGAACAACCAACCAAUUACACCACCGGAAACGCCAACAUCAAGUUGCAGCAAAUACGAUUACAAUGUCUGGAAUAAGUCUGAAGAGACAAGUGAAAAAUCACCAAUUCAAUUGUCUGAGUUAUCGGUAGGCGUGAGGUACGUAACUACUACUUCUUUCGAUCAAAAAUCUUUAAGGAAAUAUUUUAAUAGCAACAACCGUCCAGUAACAUUCCGAGUGUCAUUUAAAUCAGAAAAACGCCCCACUAAAAAUGGAGACAUGUUCGUCUUCCAUGCGAUGGAUGGAGAUCAAGAAGUUCAGGUCACUGUAUUUCCUCAGCAAACGGAAACGUUCUUCGAUGUUGUUGAGUUCAACAAAGCAUAUAGACUCACCAACUUCAAUGUCAAAAAUGAAUCCAAAGAUUUCCCAUUAUUUGUUGGAUGUGGUCUAUACAUUUGCUUGCUGAGUGCAUCAAAAAUUGAGAAAAUUGAUGACUCGUCCGUAUCGCAAUUACGAUUUAAUUUCUCAAAGAUAGAAGAGAUCAAAUUGUUUGAGAAAAGCUCCAGAUGUGAUUUUAUUGGAAUCAUUGCGCGUAAUUGGGGAUCUCAAUCUGUCGGUCAAAACAAGAUCAAGCGCGACUUGACCAUCACUGACUACUCAAAGCAAUGCAUUCUCUUGACUUUGUGGGGCACUGCAUACAACGAUUUUGAAUCUGAAGGGACACCUGUGCUCAUCCACAAUGGUAUUCUCAAUGAAUAUAAUGGAUCGAAAACCAUUACUAUCGCACAAAAUACCUUGUUCAUACCAAGUCCAGAUAUCAAAAUUGCACAAGACAUGAUGACUUGGUACGAACAAGAGAUAAAAAAAUGAUUUUCACAUUGAAUUUGUCAUUACAUUGUUAAUACAAUAAAUAAUGAAUGAUUUUUGAACACGAU